AUGACCAAACUCUCAACUACACUUCUUGCUGUUGUCUUCGCAACAUCUCCAUUUCUAGCCCAGGCGAUCCAUUUUAGUGGACCUGACUUCAAAGUCCAAGGUGUUCCGCAACCUUGGGUUGAGGAUGACCUCCAAGGCGGUCUUGAGAAGUUUUAUCAAAGCGUAGAUGCAGGAGAGCCAGAUGGCGUAAUCGCUCAGAUACACAAUUACCCGAGUGCCAAGUUCGAUUAUUUGGGGCAUGUUCUCAAGGGAAACCAAAUUGGCGACGCCCUGGCAGCGCAGAUGGUUCAUCUACAGCGCACAUACGAGACAGAAAUUUCCUCAGCAAAGUGCACAGAAAACUCAGACCAAGAAAAGGUUCAGAUCAAAUUAUUGGGUAAAGUGACUGUGAAGGAACCAAACGGGGAGAAUCAAGACGAGGGCCUAGACGCAACCAUCACUUUUGUGAAACACAAAGGACAACUCAAAGUCUCCGGUUUUAAGAGGGUCUUUGCUGAACUUGAGUAG